CCCCUGCGCAUGCGCCCGCCCGCGCCUGCGCAGCGCCCGCCGCGGGGGAGCGCGCGGCAAUGGCGCAGCCGGGCAGGGCCAGCCUGAAGGAGCAGAGAUACGACCGACAGCUGAGAUUGUGGGGUGACCAUGGACAAGAAGCUUUAGAAUCUGCCCAUGUUUGUGUAAUAAACGCAACGGCAACAGGAACUGAAAUACUCAAAAACUUAGUGCUACCAGGUAUUGGUUCAUUUACAAUUGUCGAUGGCAAUCGGGUCUCUGGAGAAGAUGUUGGAAAUAAUUUCUUUCUACAAAAAAGCCAUAUUGGUCAGAAUCGUGCCCAGAGUGCCACUGAGCUCCUGCAAGAAUUGAAUAAUGAUGUUUCUGGAAACUUUGUUGAAGAGAGUCCAGAAAAACUUCUAGACAAUGACCCUUCCUUUUUUAAUCGGUUUAACUUGGUGGUUGCAACGCAACUACCGGAAAGUACGUUGCUGCGCUUGGCUGAACUUCUCUGGAAUUCUAAUGUUCCUCUGCUGGUCUGCAGGACUUAUGGACUGGUUGGUUAUAUGAGAGUCAUUAUUAAAGAACAUACAGUUGUUGAAUCUCAUCCUGACAAUAUGUUAGAAGAUCUGAGACUGGAUAAACCGUUUCCAGAGCUGAGGGAGCAUGUUCAGUGUUAUGACUUGGAUCAUAUGGACAAAAAGGACCAUAGCCACACUCCAUGGAUUGUGAUUGUAGCCAAGUAUCUAACAAAAUGGUUCAACGAGAAAAGUGAUCAGUUGCCUAAGAGUUACAAAGAAAAAGAAGCCUUCAGACAACUGAUUCGGCAAGGUAUUUUAAAGAAUGAAAAUGGGACCCCAGAAGAUGAGGAAAACUUUGAAGAAGCUAUAAAAAAUGUGAACACAGCAUUAAAUACCACAGAGAUUCCAAGAUGCAUUGAAGAGAUUUUUAAUGAUGAUUGCUGCAUAAAUCUUACGGAGCAGUCACCCUCCUUCUGGAUUUUGGCGCGAGCUGUAAAGGAAUUUGUGGCAAAUGAGGGGCAAGGAAGCUUGCCUGUCCGGGGCACUAUUCCUGAUAUGAUAGCAGACUCCAAUAAAUUUAUCAAAUUGCAAAAUGUGUACCGUGAAAAAGCAAAGAAGGAUAUUGCUGCUGUGGGUAACCAUGCUGCUAAAUUGUUACAAUCCCUAGGCAAGGCACCCGAAUCUAUUUCAGAGAGAGAAUUAAAAUUGCUUUGCAGCAACUCAGCUUUCCUCCGAGUAGUACGAUGUAGAUCUCUGUCUGAAGAAUAUGGUUUAAACACUUUUAACAAGGAUGAAAUCAUUUCCUAUAUGGACAACCCAGACAGUGAAAUAGUGCUGUACUUGAUGCUACGGGCUGUAGACAGAUUUUAUAAGCAGCAUGGUAGAUACCCAGGUGUCUACAACUAUCAGGUAGAAGAUGAUAUUGGAAAACUAAAAUCAUGCCUUACUGGUUUCUUACAAGAACAUGGGUUGUCUGUAGUGGUGAAAGAUGACUAUGUUCAUGAGUUUUGUCGCUAUGGAGCUGCUGAGCCACAUGCUAUCGCUGCCUUCAUGGGAGGAGCUGCUGCGCAGGAGGUUAUCAAACUCAUUACAGGGCAGUUUGUAAUUUUUAAUAACACCUAUAUUUACAGUGGAAUGUCACAGACUUCAGCAACUUUCCAGCUGUAAGAUAAUGAUCUCGCGUUUGUUGCCACCAGGCGUUGCCACUGUGUCCUGUAAAUACUGUGGUGGUCUGCAACUGACUGGACUGUUCUGUAUUACCUGCAAGUUAAAGUUAUUUUAUUUGUAACAAUUUUAUCAUCUUUUUUUUUUUUUCCUGAGGACAAAUAAAAUCAUACCAAAUACUGAAAAAAUA